UGUCAAAUUCAUGUCAAAUUUCAAAUUAGCAAAUUAAAACGUCAAAACAUUUGUCAACCUGUGAGGUUAAAUAUAACAAUUUAUUAAAAUAAUGAUUAUGUUGUGCUGUACUGCAUUUUAAAUCAAAACUAACGUUCUAGUAAGACUUCCGUUUACAUACGGUUGCUAUUGUAUUAUACAAUUUCUAUUCAUUUUUGGAGUGUAACUUAUAGAGCACAUAAAGGUUAUUAAAAUCAAAUUGGAAAUAUCGGAAAAGUCAACGGUUAAUAAACAGGAAAGGACAAAAUGUACAAGUCUUGACAAAACACUAAACAUACGACUGAUAAUGCCCAAGAAAAAUAUGAUUGCCAAAAUAUGCCCCACUUGUAAACAACAGGUUCCCGUAGCAUGUAAAUCUUGCCCAUGUGGACAUUUCUUUUACAAUGCUAGACGUAUAGCUAGAGAGUUUGCAAUAGAAGCUGAUUAUAGACGAAGGACUGCUCGAGUUCGUAGAGAAAAACCAAAUUACUAUGAUGCUUUGGAAUAUGAUAAACAUAUCAAAAAGAUGAAAAAACGGAUUAGUGAAUGUGAAAAUGAUGAUGAUGAAGAGAAAAAGGAUGUUGGAAAAAAUAAAAAGAAGAAAAUAAAAAAGGAGGAUGAUGAAGAUGAUGAAAUAAUAUCAAGGUUCACUCCUGAAAUGCAAUUAAAUUGUCAAAUAGUUUUGGAGCAGAUAAAUAUGAAGUUACAAAUGGUUACUUGGAAACCAACUUAAUUAUUUUAUUUUUAUAUACAGGGUUGGAAAGUCCCCAUGGUUCAUCGCCCGUUACGUGAGAGCGAUAA